GUAGCUUUGUCGUGCAUGCCGGGAGAGGACGGGAGGAUGCCGACAUGGCAGACGACAGAAAUCUUUCACAAGUGUUGCCACAUGGAGGAGAAUGUCAGACGACCUGUGAGGGGAGCAAACACGACGACCGAGCAAGAGAGGCUGAUCACAAAGAAGAUGAAGCUUUGGUCCCAUAAAGAUGCUGUAAAGCUCAAAGUCUAUGAGUACGCUGCUCAAGACUAUGCCGAGGGGAUAAAUCAUUUAUGCGAGCAUCUUGGAGGAUUUGUCUAUCUGAAUUUCCUUGAUGGCGAUGGAUAUGCGCCCAUUCACGUCGCAAGCUAUCAUGGCAGCGCAGAGGCUGUCGACGUCAUGCUCCAUCACGGUGCUGACGCUACCAUCAAGACCGCCGAAGGCUUCACAGCCGCGCAGCUAGCGGACAUGCAAGGCCACAGCAACUUGGCCAACAAACUGCGAGCAGCCGUGAAAGGUCCUCCCUACCGCAGAAUGUCCUCUAGAUCCGACGCACUUCCCUCGUCCAAGCACAGAUCACCUUCGGAUACACCGACAAGCGGCAGCGCCAAGUCGUCUCCUUCGAGCCCUGCUAUCCGACGAACUCUGCGCAUCUGAGGGGGCAAGGAAGAGGGGCAGAAGGGCGGGAGUGGACAUGUACAUGUGGCGGAGGGAUGGAAGAGGGGAGAGGAGGAGGGGGAGGAGCGAACGAAGACGGAGGAUGGAUGCAUUCCGAUUGUUAUUCGCCGCUCAUAGCCCGUUCAACUUUUCUAUCGUAACCUGCGACAAGAUGACUUGGAGCAGAGAGGAGCGCCGAUGCCUCACUGGCACAAGACUGGAAGAACUCUUGUAUGUCUUGAGGGACAUCUAUGAAUCCUUGGUUGGCCUCUUCGUUCUGUUGGAACAGCCGGCAAGACAAGAGUCAGUAACUUCUAAGUGCGAGCAUGGCGAACGCAGCAUUCACAUUCAAUCGGAUCGAUGGGAUCGGAUGAUGAUAUUCUUUAGUUUCAGGACCUGGAAUGAAGUCAGUCCUACUGCUCAUUCCAAGUAAAUGGUUCUCACGAC